CAUUGUUAGCUUUCUUUCUCCAUCUCAAUUAAAUCUAGGGUUCCUGCGAAUCCCUCGAUUUUUCACAAACAAAAUUUUGCGUAACUUCAUGUGAAUCGGGAUAUAUUUCCAAAGCUUAAUUUCGUAGAUCGUGUUACGGGAUGGAGACGCAGAGGAUCUUGGAAUUUCCUCACAAAAAUAUGGAUAAGCGACCAAGGAAACGGCCUCGAUUGGCUUGGGACAUGCCCGCUCCUGUUCCUCCUCCCCCAAAGGUCCUCCCAGCUUUAUACUGCAGACAGGAUUUCAUAAAUGCAGCAGUCCCCAGUUUCUCUUACUCUUCAAUAUAUUACAAAGGAAUCCCUCACAAUGGCUCCCCUCCAUGGAGACCAGAUGAUAAAGAAGGCCACUACAUUUUUGCUGUAGGAGAGAAUAUAACUCCUCGAUAUCGUAUAUUGAGCAAAAUGGGUGAAGGUACUUUUGGGCAAGUUUUGGAGUGUUUGGACAACGAAAAGAAAGAGCCUGUAGCCAUUAAAAUCGUGCGCUCAAUAAACAAAUAUCGUGAAGCUGCCAUGAUUGAGAUUGAUGUUUUACAGAAGCUUGCUAGACAUGAUGUUGGUGGAUCACGUUGUGUGCAAAUACGGAAUUGGUUUGACUAUCGUAAUCAUAUUUGUAUUGUUUUUGAGAAGCUUGGUCCAAGUUUAUACGAUUUUCUCCGCAAAAACAACUACCGUUCAUUUCCCAUUGAUCUUGUUCGUGACUUUGCAAGACAACUUUUGGAAUCUGUAGCAUUUAUGCAUGAUCUACAACUUAUACAUACGGAUUUAAAACCAGAAAACAUUCUUCUGGUUUCUUCAGAGUAUGUUAAGGUGCCGGAUUAUAAGUUUCUGUCAAGAUCCGGAAAAGAUGGUUCUUACUUCAAGAAUCUACCAAAAACAAGCGCCAUUAAGCUCAUUGAUUUUGGGAGUACUACAUAUGAACACCAAGAUCACAGCUAUGUUGUCUCAACACGCCAUUAUCGUGCCCCUGAGGUUAUUUUAGGCCUUGGGUGGAACUACCCGUGUGAUUUAUGGAGCGUGGGUUGCAUACUCGUUGAACUUUGCUCCGGUGAAGCUUUAUUCCAGACGCAUGAGAACUUGGAACAUCUUGCUAUGAUGGAGAGAGUUUUAGGACCACUUCCUCAACAUAUGAUCAUGAGAGCCGACCGUCGGUCUGAGAAAUAUUUUAGAAGGGGAGCGCGAUUAGAUUGGCCUGAGGGUGCAACCUCAAGAGAAAGUAUGAGGGCAGUGUGGAAACUCCCACGCCUUCAGAACCUGGUGAUGCAGCACGUGGAUCACUCUGCUGGGGCGUUGAUAGAUCUGUUGCAGGGGCUUUUGCGAUUUGACCCAUCAGAGCGACUGAAAGCUAGGGAAGCCUUAAGGCAUCCUUUCUUCACAAGAGAUAUUAGACGAUAUGGGUACUCUUUGUAAUUGAAAAUUUGAAAAAAAAAAGUUAAUAGAAAAGUGCUUGAUAUUUUCCAUAAAAUCGAAGCUUUUUAUGGUGGUUAUAUAUAUCACCACAAAAUUAUCUGGUUUUUGCCUUUGUAUUCGCUUGUUUGCAUGUUUGAAUGUUUGAUAUGUAUAUUUUGUUUCUACAUGGUGGUGGUUCGAUAUAA